AAAGGGGCAUGGUUUGCGACACUUUUAGGAAAUAACAUGAUUUUCAACAUAUUUUCACACAGGAAGACGAAGACUUCUGAUUUAGUAACAAUUUCGUACACAUUAAUUGCUCUCUGUUCUCCGCUGUGAGGAAACAGUUUUCUUAUAUGUAGCCAGCCAGCUAACUAAAUCCAUUUCUAACGUAGCUUUUGUCAGCUACUUGGCUAUGUUCUGAAAUCUGAGGAGUUCCGUACUCGGGAAAUGGCCUUUGCAAACUGUUACUUGGUGUUGGUGUGUGUGUUUAUCCUGUCAUCCCGAUGUAUUUUCGGACAGUCCAAGAGGAGAAACGUGCUUCUUAUAAUCGCUGACGAUGCGGGCUUUGAGACCGAGGUUUACAACAACUCGGCGGUCCGCACGCCGCACCUCCGGGCGCUGGCGCGGCGCAGCGUGAUCUUCCGGAACGCCUUCACCUCGGUCAGCAGCUGCUCCCCCAGCCGCUCCGCCAUCCUCACCGGACUGCCCCAGCACCAGAAUGGCAUGUAUGGGCUGCACCAGGACAUCCAUCACUUCAGCUCCUUCGACGGGGUACGCAGCCUGCCCCUGCUGCUGGGACAGGCCAACAUCCACACAGGAAUUAUCGGGAAGAAGCACGUGGGGCCGGGGGAGGUGUACCCCUUCGACUUCGCCCACACCGAGGAGAACAGCUCGGUGCUGCAGGUGGGCAGGAACAUCACCCGCAUCAGGCUGCUGGUGAGGGACUUCCUGCGGGCGCAGGAAGCACAGCACCCCUUCUUCCUGUACGUGGCGUUCCACGACCCGCACCGCUGCGGCCACUCCCAGCCCCAGUACGGCCCCUUCUGCGAGAAAUUCGGCAACGGGGAGGCAGGGAUGGGGCGCAUCCCCGACUGGACACCCCAGCAUUACACCCCGGAGCAGGUCAAGGUGCCGUACUUCAUCCCCGACACCCCUGCUGCUCGAGCCGACCUGGCAGCCCAGUACACCACCGUCAGCAGACUGGACCAAGGGAUCGGGCUGGUUCUGCAGGAGCUGAGAGCGGCCGGGUUUGAGAACGACACCCUGGUGAUAUACAGUUCGGAUAACGGGAUCCCCUUCCCCAACGGCAGGACCAACCUGUACUGGUCGGGUACCGCCGAGCCCAUGCUGGUGUCGUCCCCGGAACACAGGCAGCGCUGGGGGCAGGAGAGCCAGGCCUACGUCAGCCUGCUGGACAUAACACCCACCGUUCUGGACUGGUUUAAUAUACCGUACCCAGCCUACAGCCUGGGGAAGCAGCCUGUCCAGCUCACCGGCAGGUCCCUCCUGCCAGCACUGAUUUCAGAACAGCCCUGGUCCACAGUCUUUGCCAGCCAGAGUCUGCACGAGGUUACCAUGUACUACCCGAUGCGGGCGGUGCACCAGGGGCCCUACCGUCUCCUGCACAACCUCAACUACAAGAUGCCGUUUCCCAUAGACCAGGACUUCUACGUGUCGCCCACCUUCCAAGACCUGCUGAACCGCACCCAGGGCGGCCGGCCCACCGCCUGGUUCAAGACCCUGCAGGAGUACUACUAUCGCGACCGCUGGGAGCUCUACGACACGCGUGCCGACCCGACCGAGAGCAGGAACCUGGCCUCGGACCCGGCGCACGGCCCAGUGCUGGAGAGCCUCCGGACUCAGCUCCUCAAGUGGCAGUGGGCGACCGCUGACCCGUGGGUGUGCGGCCCCGACGCCGUCCUGGAGGCCAAACUGACCCCGCAGUGUCGCCCGCUGUUUAACGGACUCUGACGGCGGCCGGUGACAAGGAGCCAACGUCACGCUUUCUGGUAUGAAAGGGAAAGACUAGUAAAACCAUUGCAAACUGCAAACACUUUUUUAAAGUAAAGUACAAUUUUGUACAUGCA